UCAAUAAAUACGAUUGAUUGAAUGAAUGAAUGACCAGGGCCGGCCUCCCUGAGUAGGGCCUGGCUGACGGGAGUUGGGCCUUGUUCCCAUUGCCUACCAUGUUCUUCCAUUCCCCAUCCAGAACCAAGCUGCUCGGAAGGGAACAGGAGAAACUUCCCAGGACGGAGCCAGGGAAUUGGUGCAGCGCGCGGGGCCCUGGCCAAGCCCCGUGAUGCUUUGCGGCGGGGUGGCCAGGAGGAAGAUGGCAACUUUCGGAGGGAUGGUGAGAGCCUCGGAGAGCAGCAGCGAGGAGGAGGAGGAGGAGGAGGAUGAGGAGGAGCUGGAGCGGUGCCGGCAGGCUGCCCAGGGCUGGGACCCGAGGGCAGGCCCCACCAGCGGACCCCACGCCGGUAUCUCAGGAAAAGCCAACUUCCCAGCUGUUCCACCAAGCCUCAGGCCUAACGCAGAUGAGCAUGAGCAAGAUGGAAACGAACUUCAGACCACUCCAGAGUUUCGUCUUCAUGUAGCAAAGAAACUUGGAUCCUUGCUGGACAGCUGCAUUGUGGUCUCAGAACUGGGGUCAUCACCGGCACGGGGUCCCUUGGAGGCGACCACCUGUGAGGAUGAUGGUUUCCGCCUCUUCUUCACAUCCAUCCCAGGAGACUGUGGAAAGCCACCUCCUCCUCAAAUCAGAAGGACGUUGCCUCCUUCCAGUUCCAGUGAACUGGACAGCGAUGAUGAGGAGUGGCGGCGGUGCCAAGAAGCCGCUGUAUCCGCUGCAGAAAUCCUGCAGCAGGGAGUCCCUCUCAUGGCAGCCCAGGAAACCGGCAAGCAGAAGGGAGAGGAGACGCCGGUAAAGAAGAAAAAAAAACAGAAGAAAAAGGACAAAAAGGAGAAGGUCUCUGAUCGGGUCAUGAUGGGCGCAUCGAGGUGCCCCGGGGAUGAGAAGCCGCAAAUCCCAUCUCUUAAUGGGGAGACUGAACAGAGUGGGGCCCACACGCUGCUGCUCUGGGCAAAGAAGAAAAAAAGAAAGAAAAAUGGAAAAGAAAAGAGUGGUAGCUGAGCGCGUGGAAGGUUGUGGGUCGCUCUGAUGUCUAGCGUGAACCCUGCUGGAGCUUUCGGGUAUGAACUUGGGCUUCCCCCACUGUUUACUGGCCAGAAGAUUCCAACAUUCGUUCCCCAGAGAACUCUGUUCCUUUAUUCCCCCGGCUGAUGGUGGAGGACGUUGAUAAGAGGAUUCAACUCACUGUCAACCAUGCUCAGAGGAGAUUUCGUUUCUUGUCUCUCCCGGGACCUUUGUCGAGAUCAAGUCAGCCGAGCUCUUGGACAACCUUUUCUGACGUUGCCUUUCCUCCCCAGUUGGGCCUUUAGCCUCUCAGCCCAAGCUCCUUCUUCAGAUACAGAGUGGUGUGGAAGCAGAUCCGGGCCCAGGGCUUGGGGCUUUUCCUCCUGUUCUAAGUUGUUCUGGAUCAUCAGCUGGUCUGCUGCGAUGGUCUAAAAUAAAUCCCAUCUUUUGUUUGUU